AUGUCUUCAGUCAAAUCAAAUACUGGACUGGGAAAGACCGUCCUCGUUACAGGCGGAUCAGGAUAUGUCGCUGCUGAAGUACUCAAUGCUCUUUUCUCCCGCGGUUACAAUGUAAGGACAACUGUUCGCAACCAAGAAGCGGCCGAUAAGAUCCAGAAAUCCCAUGGCAAAUACCUCGAUCGCCUCUCUUUCGUGAUUGUCAAAGAUCUACAGAUUCCCGGGGGACAUGAUAAAGCGGUAAAAGGUGUCGAUGGGGUUAUUCAUACAGCUUCCCCUUUCGUCUUAAACGUAGAGGACAAUGAGCGGGAUCUUUUGAAACCCGCUCUGAACGGCACGAUCGAGGUCUUGAAAUCUAUUCAAGCCCACAAUCCCAGCGUCAAGCGAGUUGUGAUCACAUCAUCAUUCGCAGCUAUGGUUGACCUUACUAAGGGGAACCGCCCAGGAUAUACAUAUUCUGAAAAGGACUGGAAUCCAACACCUUACGAAGUAGCGGCUAAGAAGGACACCCCCGGGGCAGUGGCCUAUUGUGCUUCCAAACUUUUUGCAGAGAAAGCGGCCUUCGACUUUGUGAAGCAGAACAACCCCAACUUUACCAUCAGCACUCUCUGCCCACCCAUGGUCUAUGGUCCUAGUAGCGUCUACAUCCCUAGUCUCGAGCGUCUGAGCACAUCCGCAGCAGAAAUCUAUAGUCUGAUGAACGGAUCAACGAAGAGCGUUCCCGACACGGGUUUCUUUGGAUUCGUCGACGUCCGUGAUUUGGGCGAGGCUCACGUUCGGGCAUUCGAGUCGGAAAAGGCGGCCGGGCAGAGAUAUCUCGCUGCAUCAUCGAAAUUUACCUUCCAGAAAAUUUGCGAUAUUAUCCGAGAGGAGUUUCCUGAGAAGAGGGCAUUGGUCCCUGAGGGUACGCCGAAUGCGCCGUUCCCAGAUUCAUACGAUCUUGAUAAUAGUAAAAUCAAGACCGAGCUUGGGAUGGAAUUUAGAGAUAUUAGGACGAUGAUUCGUGAUAUGGCUGCGCAGUUUAUUGAGAUUGAGAAGCGGACUGGCAAAGCUUAA